GUUCCCUGAUUGAUGUCCACAAAACUCAUGCUGCGCAAGCUCCUGUUACCCAGAAGUUCACUGCAGCGCCCACCUCGGUCUGCAUGGACAAAAUAUCACGCACCCGCCCGACCCUCCACCUUUUCUUCUUCGACAGCCAUUUCAACGACUGGUCACAAAGCUGAUAAAUUCAACUACAACCAAGAGUUUUCUUUCAGUGAUGCUACCAACACCAACUACAGUGACUACAAGCUAGUAAACGCGAACGAAUUAGAAGCGAUACAGACCCCUCCCAAAGGCGUCAAGAUGUUGGUGCGGGACUUCAUCGAGGAUUCACUGUACAAUCCUCACUACGGGUACUUCCCUCAACGCGCUUGCAUUCUAACUGCACCUGAAAGCUGCUUCGAAUUCAAUAAAUUGAAGAGUAGCACCGAGUUUGAGGCUGAAGUAGCAAGGCGGUAUUUUGUGCUCGGGGGUGCUGAUCACGAAGGUCCAGGAAGGCAGCUGUGGCACACGCCGACAGAACUCUUCAAGCCAUGGUAUGGUCAGGCAAUUGCACAGUGCCUCGUGUCCGAAUAUCUCCUCAAAUAUUACCCGUAUGAAGAUUUCAAUAUCUAUGAACUCGGCGCUGGCAAUGGCACGCUUGCUAAGGAUAUCCUCGAUUACAUCCGUGAUCAGUAUCCCAGCGUUUAUGACCGUACGCAUUAUACUAUCAUCGAGAUUAGUGCCAAAUUAGCCGAGCAGCAGAGACAAACGCUCUGUCUUGUUCAUUCCUGUGUGCAAGUGGUUAACAAAAGCAUAUUCCGCUGGAACACUCGAGAGUUGGCUCCAUGCUACUUUGUGGCAAUGGAAGUAAUCGAUAACUUUGCUCAUGAUGUCAUCCGUUACGACUUGAAGACUCUCGAACCUUUUCAAUGCUUUGUUGCCAUCGACAACAAUAGCGAUUUUUCGACCUUUUACAGCAAGAUUGAGGACCCUCUUAUCUCAGCAUUUUUGGCCCUUCGCAGUAGAUUGUCACACCCUCAUCCUUUAUCGAAGGUUUUCAACGUAUCAGUAUUGCGUCAGGUAUAUGCCAGUCUCCCACUUGCACCAAAUUUGUCACCCCCAGAGUAUAUUCCCACACGUCUCUUAAGCCUUCUGCAAAUCUUGCGUAGCCAAUUUCCACGACAUCGGCUACUACUUUCGGAUUUCUCCUCUUUGCCAGAUUCUAUCCCGGGUUUCAAUUCUCCUGUGGUACAGACACGCAUCGGAGCCACCAUGGUGCCCUGUUCGACAUUAUUCGUAAGGCAGGGGUACUUUGAUGUAUUUUUCCCUACCGACUUUGAACGGCUGCGAGAUAUGUAUGAACACAUUCUUUCGCAGCCCCACAACGCUUCAGCGCAGUCGGAUCUCUCACGUCCAAAUCCACUUCUUGGUCGAACGUCUCCACUAUCGACAAAUAUCUCACCCCUGUCACUGGGCUCUGACUUUUUCUCCUCCCAUUUACCACAUACACGUAGGUCGCCAAUUGAUGGGAUGGCAUCUGCCAGCGGAUUACCUGUUGGGGAACGAAAAUCGAAUGUAUUUACUCACACAGAGUUUUUGGAGACUUACGCUGACCUCAGUAAAACUACUCUUCGCAAUGGCGAGAACCCCAUGGUGGAUUAUUACAAAAAUGUUAAAUUCCUUUUCUAACAUCUAGUCUAGUACUUGGAUUUAUUUAAUGUAACUCAUGAGUUCUGAAGUUGUUUAUACUCAUAUUCAGACUUUCAAUACAUAUAGAUAAUAGUGGAACAUCUCCCCAAUUUCACGGAUCUGGAGACUUGUAUCCGGAAAUGAUAGAAAACGACGACGGAAAUGAGGUUGACCGAAUGUGAGAUACAGAAAUACCCCGCCUCUAGGAAGGACACUAUAGGAAUUGUUUGAGGAGACAACGCUAAGAUAAUAGGUUCGCUCACCGCAUAACUUCGUGCACUUCUCUGGUACAGU